AUGCCUACCCGCGUAUCUUCAAGGUCUACCAGAACCUCAACAGCAGUAUCGCACAAAUCUUCCGUUCAGACUCUGAAUCCACGCACCUCAACAGCGUCGAGGGCGUCUGCCUCAUACGCCGAGAUCCCAGAGGAAACGCCAGACAACGAACUACGAACCCAAGUAUCAUCAAUUUUUCGAGAUGCCCAACGGACGACAGCUUCACACCGGAAGCUGGUCAUAAACCUGCGGAAAAUCCACGAAGCAUGCUGUUACGAGCCAACAAGCCAGAAGACAAAGAAGACUGGGGCGGAGGAAUUUGACGAGGAUCAAUUUACCUACGAAUUCACACGAUGUGUUUUGCGUGUGAUGCCAGUGAAGAAGAGUGAGACUGUAGGAGAGCGCGCAAUUCGAUUCAUUGGGUUCUUUCUUAAACACGCCAAUGAGAAAGACAACGAACUUGCUCCGGCGGGUGAAGAUGAAACGGGUAUUAUGGUUGAGACACCGAGUACGCGACUUACGUCCCAUCUUAUGAACACUAUUCUUCCACUAUUGACCGCGAAGGAGAAAUUUAUACGAUACAGGUCAACACAACUGAUUUCUCAUAUCAUCAACUCCCUAGAAGCCAUUGACGAUGAUCUUUUCCAACUUCUGCGCCAUGGACUAUUGAAGAGAAUUCAUGAUAAGGAGGCAAUGGUUCGGGUUCAAGCUGUCCUAGGACUUGGAAGACUAGCUGGCAAUGAGGCAGAUGGGGAAGCCGAGGACAGCGAUGACGAUUCUGGGGCUGGAUUGCUCGAAAAGCUUUUGGAAUUGAUGCAAAAUGAUCCUAGUGCAGAUGUGAGAAGGUCGCUUCUGGUCAACCUACCAAUUUUACCAUCGACCCUACCAUUCUUGCUAGAGCGAGCUCGUGAUCAGGAUGCUGCCACCCGACGAGCGCUUUACUCGCGGCUACUCCCCGCGCUUGGUGAUUUCAGGCAUCUUUCUUUGUCGAUGCGAGAAAAAUUGCUCCGAUGGGGUCUUCGCGAUCGAGACGAAAACGUACGGAAGGCUGCAGGGAAGCUAUUCCGAGAACGCUGGAUCGAGGAUUGUGCCGGAAUUGCUGAGACUGGUGAAGACGAGGUAGCAAAUGGAGAGGCUAAGGCCCCAAACUUUGAGGGCCUGCUUGAACUUUUGGAACGAAUUGAUAUUGUUAAUUCUGGUGUUGAAGGUGGUGUCGCGCUAGAGGCUAUGAAAGGGUUCUGGGAAGGUCGGCCAGAUUAUCGGGAUGCAGUAACAUUCGAUGACUACUUCUGGGAUACGUUGACAGCCGAAUCGGUCUUCAUGGCUAGAAGCUUUAAUGAUUUCUGCCUCAGCGAUGGAAAGGGGAGGUUCGAAGCGCUGAUCGAGGAGAAGAUGCCAGAAGUCACAAAGCUGGCGUUCUAUCUGCAACGAUAUAUCACUGUCCUUGCCGAAGCUUUGAGGAAUGCUGCUGCACAGGAACUGGCUGAGGAUGAAGAGGAGGAUGAUACUGUGGAGCAGGAAUUUAUUGUGGAACAAAUGCUUCACAUUGCCCAAACGGUGGAUUACUCGGAUGAAGUUGGACGUCGGAAGAUGUUUGCUCUUCUACGGCAAUCUCUUUCCCUUCCAGAUAUGCCAGAGGAGGUCACAAAACUUACCAUUGAGACGCUUCGUGGUAUCUGCGCUGGGGAUGCAGCUGGCGAACGUGAAUUUUGCAGCGUUGUGCUCGAAGCUGUGGCUGACGUUCACGAUACAAUUAUGGAUGAGCCAGAGUUUGAAGACGCCAAUGAGAGUUUCCACUCUGCUAAAUCCGAAGUCAGUGAAGAUGGCUCUCCAGGAGCACCAAGCAAGAGUUCCAAGAAGUCGGAACUUUCGGAAGAAGAGGCUCGAGAAAAAGCCAUUCGAGAGAUUAUGGUAAAUAUGAAAUGCUUGCAUAUUGUGCAAUGCAUGCUCGAGAAUGUGGAAGGAAACCUUCAACAAAAUGUGGAUCUUGUUGCAAUGUUAAACAACCUAGUUGUCCCUGCAGUUCGCAGCCACGAAGCACCGGUCAGAGAACGUGGUCUCGUCUGCCUGGGGCUUUGCUCUCUACUGGAUAAAUCACUCGCUGAAGAGAACUUGACGUUGUUCAUGCACUUCUUUAGCAAAGGCCACUCUGCGUUGCAAAUCACGGCCCUCCAAAUUCUAACUGAUAUUCUUGUUCAGCACGGGGCUCAUCUUCUCGACAGCAAUCCUACCCUCCUAAAAGUCUACCUCAAAGCAUUGAAAUCUGGCACCAAAGCUCCUGAGGUGCAGGCAGCAGCUACAGUUGCCGUUGCAAAGCUCAUGCUAGGGCGUGUCAUCUCCGAUGCCUCGACCUCCAUUGAUGACUUGCUCAAAACACUUAUCGUCCUAUAUUUCGACCCGAGCACUGCCUACAACCAAGGUGUACGCCAAACCUUGUCAUAUUUCUUGCCUAUGUACAGUUACAGUCGAAAAGAUAAUCAAGAUCGAAUGAGGAAGGUAGCGCUUGAUGCGAUGCAUAAGCUUUUUGAAGUCCAAGAGACCCUAGAUGAUGAAGGCGAGGCUGAGGUUGAUAUAAUCAGCCUCAACACCAUCGGCGCGCACUUAAUCGACUGGACGGACCCGAGAAAAUGCUACGUGCCUGGUAAUCAGCUGACGCUGAGCGAUGAGGGCCCGAAGAAAGCUGUUAACGGGGAUGUGCAUUUAUAUUUCGCCCGGGAUCUGUUGGAAAGGUUAGGGUCGAAUAUUAGCCGCGAUGAGAAGAAAUCCCUUGCUCCAUUGCUCGCUAAACUGUACAUAUCCCCUACCUCGACUGAGACCCUGAUCCGCGAGGUUUACGAGGAAAUUUCUGUAGCUGUCGAUGAAAAACUGAUUGCGGAUGCAACUGGUCGGAACGCCCUCUACAAAAUCCACGUUAGCCUUGGCAAGAUCGUCAAUUCCCUUUCUGAGAAAGAGAGAUCCGAAAACAAAAGCCGGAAGAGCAGUGUGGCGCCAAGUGUCGCAGACGAGGAUAGGUCUAUAUUGCCUAGGGAGGCUGAUGAAGUUGAUGAAGCUGAACGCGAUAUGACCGGGUUAGUAAAAGUCGAGGAGGGAGAGGAAGGAGAAGAGGAGGAUGAUGAUACAGCUACUGUGAUUGCCGAGCAAGAGCCGAAAAGCAGGAGAGAUUCCCUUGUAGAAAGCUUACUUAGUGAUGACGACGUGGAGAUGACUAGCUAA